AUGCCGUUCGAGGCUAACCGUCUCCCCCCGGAGCUCGUGGAACUGCAGAUCGCGCAGCUGGAUCUCCUAGUAGCCAUGUAUCCAGACAAAGGAGCGGUGACGAUGAACGAAAGUACGCAGUCGUGUCUGGAUCAAUUAAAGCAGAGCAUAGAAUCGGGGAAUUUGAUCCCGGCAGCCAGCUUCCCCGAGCAUCUUUCAUUGACGCUGUGUCUGCCUGUCGAAAACGAGGGGCUGAAACAUGAUAUUCAGCUUGACGUUCGCUUCCCUCUGCUGUGGGAGGGUAGAGAGCCUCCAAGCGAACCGCCACCGGCGAGACUGAAACUGCAACAGCCUGAAUGGAUGAGUAGAGCAGAAUUAGCAAGCGUGAUGGAGCGCGUAGCCAAUGAGAUAGACGUGUUCGCGGCCAUCGACACCAUUACAAGAGCAAUGAUUGAAUACUUGCCUCGAUCGCAAGGAGAGAGACAAAAAAACUCCUCGUCCGAGUCAGAGCCCACAGUCCGCGUAUGGUUCUAUUUCCCAUCCAUAAGUACUCGUUCCAAACGCGACGACAUCGUCAACCACGCCCCACCUUACGGACUUACCGGGUUUCUUCUCGCCGGGAAGCCCGGCGUACUAUGUCUUGAAGGGGGAUCCAAUGCAAUCGAUAAUUAUAUGAAGUUCAUCAAGACAGAGAGCUGGGGCGAUAUUCCUGCUCAUCACAAGAAAGUGACCGAGCGGUAUCGUGAGAAUGCCGUCGAUCGAGCAUUUGACUGCAUGGUAGAGAUAACGGAUGCAUUUGGCGAGAGAAGAGGAGAGCGGGCAAACCGACAGGACAUGAAGGCUCUCGAGACUUGGCUGAACGAACGAGGAUUAGGAAAUGCAUUUCGGAAAGUACUGAUAUGA